GUUUUUUUUCUUCUAAAAAGACUGCAGUUGGUUUAUUUUCAUUUCAUCAACUGAGCACUGCGAAGGCUAGCUAUGAGCUGCUGGCACCUGAAUCGGGGAGGACUGGCUUGUGGUAAUAAUUGAGCGGAGCCACGUUUACAGUCUCUCAUCCCAGUGGAGACUGGGCAGGGCAUCACCUUCGACGAGUUCCGCUCCUUCUUCCAAUUCCUCAACAACCUGGAGGACUUUGCCAUCGCCAUGCAGAUGUACAACUUUGCCAGUCGCUCCAUUGGCCAAGAUGAGUUUGGGCGGGCUGUGUACGUGGCCACGGGCCUGAAGCUGACACGUCACCUGGUCCACACCAUCUUCAAGAUCUUUGUGGACCACGACGACCAGCUGAGCUACAAGGAGUUCAUCGGCAUUAUGAAGGACCGGCUGCACCGCGGAGGGAGGGGCUACAAAACCGCAGAGCGAUUCACUUCCUUCAAGUCCUGUAUGAAGAAGGAGCUAGCUGGCAGCAGGUGAACAGGAAACAACAUGCCUCCUUCCCCAUCUGCCUGCGUGCCGAGGCCAGGAAACAGGUCCGCCAACUCUAGAGGAGGUUCCAGGCUAGGGUUUAAAGAAGGAGGAAGAGGAUGAUGACAAGAGGAAGAGGAGGUUCCAGGCUAGGGUUUAAAGAAGGAGGAACAGGAUGAUGAGAAGAGGAAGAGGAGGACGAAGAAGUGGAGGAAGAUGAGGAGAAUAGGAUGACGAAGGU